AUUGCGUGGUUGGUUUGAUGACUGAUGUAAUAGUGAAUACUAGACAGCGGCAUGUUGAUACAUAAUGUUUAAUACCGGAUUAAUCGUAAUUAAUAUUUCAAGACAUGUAAGAGGUAGAAUCAUGUCUAAUAUCGGAUAAAAAUACUUUGUAUAAGUUUUCCCUGUUGAAUUUGUGCCGUGAACUUAAGUGCAAUGGGUUCGUGAAUUCCUUUAAUUAAACACGCAGUUUAGAAAAUAUAUAAACAUUACGAUAACUAUGGCAGGAGCCACACUACCCGAAAGAGUAGCUCAAAUAUAUUAUACUUAUGGUUUGUUCUGUUCAUCUUAUCCUGUUACUGCGAUAACAAUCGCCAUCUCCGUUGUUUUAUUGUGUUGCUAUCCAUUACUGAAUGUGCCUUUACCGGGGAACAUACCCACUGUGAUCAAUAUACCUUUACAUGACAAUACUGAAAACCCAACUAACUGCCACACUAAAAAUUGUCACUAUGCAGAUAUUUUGGAGAUUGGCCAUAUUCAUAAUGAGACGCAAAAACUACCAUAUAUAUGGGCCAAAGAGAAACCAUUAUUCUAUGUACAACAAAUUAUACUAAAAAUAGGUGUCUCACCUUGGAAUAGUAAUUUAAGAAUGUGGGAUGCAUUCAGAGGUCCACUGCAAGAGGUGUUUCGUUUAUUAGAAACAAUUCGCAAUCACGAGGAUGUUGAAACCAAAGGUUCUCUGUUACAACAUUGCUAUCAAAUUGAGGGGAUAAAACGACGCGAGAGCAAAGCGAGCAUUGAACGAGUAAUGCCUGAGUACAGUUGUUUGUUACUAUCACCUGCGAACUUGUGGCAACAAAAUCUACAAACUUUUUCCCUUGAUGCUAAUAUAAUCAACACCAUUUAUAAUUAUCAGAGUCUGCAAAAAGGUAAAGCAUCGAUUGCGGAAAUGGCUUUUGGUAUGCAACUCCGUGAUACCGGUGUUAAACGAUAUCCUUUGAGAACACGGCCACGUGUAUUGCAGUACGCUGUUACAAUAUUCUAUCAAGAAGCUAAUGAAAGGUUUAUCAAUUCGCUGAUUCAUAAACUCAAAGAAUUAUAUCCAUUGUAUCAAGAUUCAGCGCCGAUAAGUGGCAAUGAAGUAACAAUAAUAUAUUAUCCUGGACAAUUCAAUUACCGAGAACCUAUACCAUUAUUGAUAACAUUUUUCGGAUUAUUUCUUUAUGUGUAUUUCUCAGUGAGGAAAAUAGAAUUUAUCAGAUCAAAGUUUGGCUUGGCCGCUUGCGCUGUUGUAACUGUAGCCGGUAGCCUAUCCAUGUCUAUAGGUAUUUGCUUCUAUUUUGGAUUUUCAUUGAGUCUACAAGGCAAAGAAAUCUUCCCAUAUUUAGUGAUUAUCGUUGGCCUAGAGAAUAUUCUUGUUCUAACAAAAAGUGUGACGUCAACCGACUCGCGGCUGGAUGUUAAAAUUCGACUCGCACAAGGUCUCAGUAAAGAAGGCUGGUCGAUCACUAAAAAUUUACUCACAGAAAUAACAAUACUCACAGUCAGCUUCUUCACUUUCGUACCAUUUAUACAAGAGUUUUCUAUAUUUAUGAUUGUUAGUUUAAUAUCUGAUUAUUUCGUACAAAUGGUGUUCUUCGCGACGAUACUAGGUAUAGAUGUUCGACGAAUGGAAUAUUUCCCGGACAGAAAUAACAAAUUACAUUUAAAGGAAUACUUUAAUACUAAUAACGCACUCAAUUGGCGAUUCAAUGAUAGUUAUAAAGAAGAGAAUAUUACGCCGCAGAAGAUGAGAAAGUCCAAAUCUCAUCCGAGGUUAAAUGGAUUAGCGCAUAAUACUCCGACCGAUGUUGUUGCGAAACGUAAUUCAAACGCGAGCGCACACGACAACAGAGUGCCAAAAAGAAUACGUCUUGUUAACAUGUGGGCUCGGACAAGAUUCUUCCAACGCGCUUUCAUGGUUUGGAUGUUAGUUUGGAUAUCAAUGAUUGUAUAUAAUUCUGGUAUAGUAGAUUAUUUUAUAACAACAGAAAAAGACAAUGACAGUGCAAGACAUGAUUAUGAAAGAAAUAAAGCGAAACAGGCCGUUUAUAUGACAUACAAUGACAGUGAACGACAACCUUUGGUAUUCUCUACUAUCAUAGACAAAGAAGAAGUUGGUAAAACCAUAGAUACAAAUGAUACGAUCUUUUUGAAGCAUUCACCACAUUCUCGACCCUGGUCUAGGCUAUCUCCAUCGCAUUGGUCAGCCAUACUUUCGAAUUACAAUGAGACAGUGGCGGGAAGGUACGCGGUUAUCCUGCCUCCAACACUGCUGAGCCAUCGAGUGAGCCCCGAAUUGGCAGCGGGGCUUCGCCAUCCAGAUGAGAAGGAGCCCCCGCCACUCCGAUGGCAAGCUUUAGCCGCCGCGUUAGAUCCUAUCGAUAUAUUACCAGAUUUCGAGCUAGCGGAAACUAAAAGUCAAUCGCACCAAUGGGGAAAGGCGACAGAUUUGCCCAUAUAUCCUACAACGCCUAUGGAAAUCUUACUCCUAGCGAUACUGUGUACAAUCAGCGUCGCUGUGAUAGCUUACAUGAUGGUGGUGUUAUACAGAUGUGUAUGUUCCCGGCAUUACGCUGAAUGGAGAGCUUCUUGGAACGAGGAUGAGGAGUACAGGAAGAUUAUUGCUAAACAACCGGCUGUUCAGUUGGUAAUGGAAGCGGUUCCUCUAGUGGUUGCUGGGCACAGUCAAGAAGUGGAAUGCUUGGUGACAGAUGGUGAUACCAUCGUCAGCUCUUGUCUGCAAAGCAACAUCAAGGUGUGGGACUCACAUAAUGGCGAAAUCAUCACUAACAUCGACCGCAAUGCAUUUUUCAAAUUACAAAAGGAACUACAUGAAAAGACAAAUCCAAAAAAAAUCACAACGAGUGAUGCUUCUUACGAUAUUUUAGAAGUUUCUACGAAGCCUGAUAACAUAGCGCCGAAAAAUAUUGAUAAUUUUCCUCGUCUUAAAGGAGGUUUAAGUAAUCAUCUAAGUGGACUACGAUUCCGGGCUACGAGUGGAGAGUCGCCUACGCAUAUUUCACCUGCAGAGACAACUAAAUAUAACUUCGCUAAAUGCUACAAAGAUCUCUACCACAAUCGUCGGAGGGAAUAUUGCGAGACGAAAGAAAACGUCAAUACGAACAAUUUAAGUGUGAACAAAAGUGACUUGAGUGUUACAGAUAGUGAAGUGAAUGAAAUAAACAAUGAAAAUAUUUUUGUUUUCAAUUCAAGUGCUGAAAGUGCAAAUAAUUUAAGGAACAGGCAUGAAAAUAAAAUGAACAGACGAACUAGUAGUGAUGGGGGUCCAAUGCCCGAAGACGAUUGUAAAAGCAAAGCGUUCAGUGAAUCUCCGGUGUGGUGUAUUGACUUUUGUAAUGACCUCAUUAUAUUAGGCUGUGCGGAUGGACGGCUCGAGUUCUGGGAAGCCAGUUCUGGAAAAUUAAUGUGUAUAUGGUGCGGGUCGGAGAGUAAGAGUGGAUGGGGGGGCGUGACGCAUGUGCGUGCGCUAAGUGGCGGUCGGCGGGUGUGCGCCGCCUCCCUUAGCGGUCAUCUGACACUACUGCGACUUGAUGCUUACAAUGCAGCAUCUGGUGCACACGUUGAUUGGAGAUUCAGUACCGCUUAUAGAAGAACUCACAAACGCACCGGAUCAGCAGAUUCGAUGCGCAGCACCCGUUGCACUGACUACGAUGAUGGCCGCCCACGCAUGAGUUUCUCAUACGAAUCUGACUACAGUGAUGGCGAAGAAGUGGUGUGUGUACGUAUUGCACACUGCAGGCCGCAUCAGCAGCCAGUUACCGAGAUGCAUUCUGAAGGCGGUCGCAUACUGACCGGGGCACAAGAUCAUGUCGUAAAGGUGUUUGCUAGUUCUGAACUGAGUCUACUGUUCACGUUGCACGGCCACUGUGGACCUAUAACAAGUUGUUUUAUAGACCACGCCACGCCGACUAUUGCCGGUAGUGGCUCACAAGACGGACUGUUAUGCGUAUGGGAUUUACAUACAGGUGCGUGCUUGUACAGUAUGCAGGCGCACGACGGCGCGGUGACGUCACUCGCGUACACCGCAUCGUACGUGGUGUCAGCAGGCGCAGACGAACGUCUCUGUAUAUGGGAUAGGUUUCAAGGUCACAUGCUUAAUUCCAUACAUAUCGGUCUGAAUUACAUGAGUCGCAUGUUACCACUGACUCACACACUACUAGUGAUGGGUGACCGCAGCGGACUCACUGUUUACGACCUAAGCAGCGGAGAUGUUAUCAGAAGGGUAUUAUUAGGACAAAGCGAUGGCUGCAUAUUUGUACGACAAAUAUUGCCGCUCAAGGACGCCAUAGUGUGUGACUACGCGAACCAAUUGCGAAUAGUUCGCUUCCCUCUCGUCUCUAAGUUGUCUAACACGAAGAACGAAUGAUACAAUUAAAGGUCAACGUUUAUUAGAACUACCCGGCAACAAAUCCACGCUUGCUUUAUCUAUAGUUUGCACAAUCACCUAUUGCGAGGUAUUGACUUAUUCAACACGAGAUCGCCUUAUUUAUGUACCGGGAAAUUGCUGUCAGUUGGGUCUAAUGAGCGAUAACCUUAAAAGGUAAUUUUUAACUAUUGAUAUUAAAAUUUUAAAUCUUUCUUAGCUAGAAGCUAAAAAUUCCUGGUACUAAAAAGUGCUUUAUUGAAAUUUAUGUACAAAUAAACUUAAAGAAUUCUAUGAGUCUAUAGAUGUUCAAAUUAUCAUAUUUUAUAUAUGAAACAUGUAAUAUUAUAACAUCACAGUUAUUUAAUAACUAAUUUCAAAUUAUCUAACGUGAUGUCACAAGUUGUUUGUAAAUUAAGAGAAUAUUUUUAUAAUGUAUUCGCGUUUUGAUAUCUGUUCUCGAUAUCAUUGGUAUUUAUUCUAGCAACGACUUGUUAGAAGUGUUUUUUAUUGUUACCAAUCUCAUACAUAAAUCAUUGAAAAAGUUGGUGAACGACAAACGCAGGUUUCAAUACUAUAGACAAUUAAGAUUAUCUGGCCCAGUGAGAGGGCGCUGCUAUCGCGGUUAGUGCUGUCAAAAAAUAUGUUAAACCUUCAUGGCCAUAUGAUGGCAUUUAACAAUAAAACAUAACAUGACAUUUAGUACGAAACGAACCAUGUGACAAUUUUUGACAUUUGAUAGGGGCGCUAGUGUGCUAUCGUAAUUUAUUUUUAUGCCCACCGUGUCAGAUUUCUUUGUUGGUCUAUAAAUACCUAAAAUGUAGUGUAAAUUAACUUUUCCAACAUUUGGAAUUUCCAAAGUCGUCCAUUUUAAUACUUGUGAUCUUCCAUAAAAGGCUUAAAAAUCUUCCAUUGAUAAUUUUUUAUCCUGUAAUGGAAAUGAUUAAUUCCUGUAGGUCUAUGUUAGCCCUGCAAUCACCUAGCUUGUAGUAAUCACUUAAACACACGGGUAUACGGAAGCAGUUUUCUUUCAAACGCUUAUAACGUUACCGAACGAUCGUUAACGUCAUCCAAUUUGCUUAGACAUUGUAUGCAGUCGGUAAAUUGCAUAUCAAAUGACUUCUGUUAGAUUUCAACACUUUGUAUCGUUAUAAUAAUUUUUAAAAACUGUCGAAAGUAAAACACGUCACUAAGGAAAGAAUAUAUAUGUAAUUUAUUGAUUCUAAAAUUGCCUAGGCAAAUUACAAACAAACGGCAUUCACGAUCGGUCGGUGACAUCAUAUUUUACAUUACAAUGUAAUAUCUACUUUUGCAUCACAAGAGGAAAAGGUGUGCUUUACCAAAUAGCAAUUAAGUACGAAGAAGUUUGACAAAUAACUCGCAAAAACUAUUUAUAACUAACUUAUAUAUAUUUCUCUUUUUUUUAAGUGUUUACAUGAAAUCAGGGAUAUAAAAUCAAAAUAAAUGCUUAUAUUGAAUUUUAAAAAUGUACUUUUUAAGGCAGCUAUGGCAAACAUAAAACGCUCAACGCAUUUAUUAUCAAUUUCCGUAUAAAUUUUCAUAUUUAGAGAUUAAAAAAGUUUAAAAUAUAAAAGCCUCAGUUUGAAAGGAAUUAUCGAAAAUCAAUCGACACCAGUUUAGGUUUUAUAUCCCUGAAAAUUAUGUGUCACCUAGGUUCGUGAUAAUAUAAGAUAAAGUGUUGUAAUCUAUCAAACUUAUUUAUUUUAUUCGUAAAAAGUAUUACGUGUGCUAACAUACCUUGUUUUAAAUAUAUAUUCAUAGAUAAAUACCCUAUAGAUACGUAAUACGGAGCAUAAAAAUUAAGAAAAAAAAGUGUCCGGAUUCCUUUUAUGGGGGUUAAUACCACAAUGUUGCCAUGUCACGUCAAACUUGUAUGAAACACUCCAUCUAUAGUUUAUUUAUCUAUGGUAUCCCAGCUACAUUUCUAUAAAUUUAUACUCACUAUGCCACUUAUGUUUCAUGUUCAAUUAAAAUUUAUAUAAUUGUGAGUUUUCACUUUAGAAUCAAUUGUGUAAAUGUAUAUUCAUCUCUAUCUUUUUAUAGAGUGUGAGAAGAGUUAUGUUUAUACAUGAUUUUCGACAGUGUAAACCCACGUUUAUAUUUUGAUUUGUAAUUACAUCAAUGAUUGUAAUAUUUUUGGUUCCUAUACUGACUACAAUUUAUUUCGCUUAAAAUGUAAAAACCCUGUAUAAAAUAUGUUCAAAUAAAAACGGCUAGUCUAUGGCACGUACUUCAUGAGGAGUCGGCACCUACUGGUUUCGAACUUCGGGAAUCUUUAUUUAUGCCGUUUUUGUAUUCAGCUAAAAUUAAUGUCUGCCGAAAAAUAAUUUAUUUUAAAUAUUUAUAUCGUUAACAUUUACUAAAUGUACAUUAAAAAUUAUA